CAUCGCGGCGGGGCCGGGCCGGGCCGGUCUCGUCUCUCCGGCGUCUCUUCGUGUUCCGGAGAAGUCGCUCUGUGCAAACAGGAAUGGAUUUCCCCUCCGGAAGGUUGGGACAGGAUGCCGAAAUCCCCCGCGCGCGGCCUGUGCCGGGCGCGGGCCCCGGCGCCGUGAGUCCUUUCCUGAGCCUGCUGAACUCCAUCUCCUCGGGUCUGUCGGACGCGGAGCUCUCCGAAAUGAAGUUCCUGUGCCGCGACAAAAUUGGGAAGCGAAAGCUUGAUGCGGUGCAAAGCGGCCGGGAGCUCUUCAGCAUCCUGAUGGAGCAGCAGCUGAUCGCGCACGACAACCUGGAAUUGCUGAGAAAGCUGCUGCAGCACAUCCGCAGGGACGAUUUGCAGUCACAGGUGGUUCAUUUCGAAGAGGAAGAACCUCAUGCGCCUGAUAAUCAGCCAGAUGGGCAUGAAAAACGUCUCCUGAAAGCAGCUGUUAAAGUCAUAUGUGACAGUGUUGGGAGAGAGUGGAAGAAGCUGAUGCGAGAACUCGGGAUGGCAGAGGUGAAGCUGGACAGGAUAGCGGCACUCCAUCCAUAUAACUUGUAUGAACAGCUUGUUCAGGCACUUCGGGAGUGGCAGUUGUGGAAGGGGAAGGAUGCAAAGGUGGGUGACUUAAUAAAAGCCCUCCGGAACUGCAACCUGAAUUUGGUGGCAGACCUGGUUGAAGAGAAGAUCUCACAGCUGAACAUGGAACCAGAUGAAAAGGGUAUAAAACUAUGAAUGAAAAAUCGGAGUACCUUCUUCUCCUCUGAACCAAAACAAUUAUCACUGGCUGCUUAUCGUGCCAGUUAUUUAUGUGCCUUAAUAAGUUAAUUUGUGCUCAGGUGAAAACUGACAUGGGAGCAGAUUCCUUUCAGGGAACACUUUGUAGUUUGAUGCUUCUUUCAAGAUAUUUUAACUUUCACAAGAUCUGAACUCCAUUUUGUAGAAAUUCUCACACUUUUGUUCUGCCACUCACUUGGAAAGAUUUGCUUUGCUGUAGGCAUUUUUCAGAUGCGCCUCCACUGGAAAUACAUUUAUGGGACACUUCUGAGGCAACUGGAAUUUAGAAUUUCAUGGGGAGGUUAGAUUUGUUUUUUAAUGGCCUAUUAUAAAUAGAGUGUGAAAGGGAGAAGGAGUAAACCUUUCAGCUGGAUGCUGGCUUUUCUUUUAGAGAAGCAUAAAAUAAUAUCUUAGGUAAUUCAUCAAAUAUAUUUGCUCUCCAUGAAAGGAUAUUAAGACAACUGUAACCUCAGACUGCAGUGCAAGACGGACAUUAAAUAUCGUGGUGGCUUUCUUGGAAAAAAUGUGCCUGGUUUUGAAAAUGAAAUCAAAUGUCUGUACCAAGUGCCUUCAGCAUCCCAGAGGAAGUGCUCUUCUGAAACUGUCCAAGAGACUGUGUGUCUCACAGAUGUUUACAGCAGCCUCUUGUCAAAGCUGUGACUGCUGUGGGGCUGCUUGCUGGGAAUCCUUCCAUGACCUCUGUGAGACGCUGCUCGUGUGUGCUGGAAGGUGUGAGCCACUCACAGAGGAAACAGGAUUCAUGAACCUGUGUGAGAUUCAGUUCUCAGCUUUCAUCUGGAACAAACUUCAGUCAGUGGCCUUCACGCCUGACUUAAGGCUGGAGAAAUUGCACAGUUGCACAGUCCAGGACAUGCAGGUCUGUAGAGGCCUCAGGAAGAAGAAUCCCAUGAGAUCAGUACUGCUUGAACAGCUGUAGGAGCCUGCAUUUCUGCAGACAUCUCCCAAGAGCCUGGGUAGAUACUGGAAGAGGUUUAAUUGAUGCUGCACCUGUGGGACUUCCAGCUUUUCCCAAAUUGUUUCCAUGUGGUGCCAUUGCUGUGAAGGGCUGGGUGUCAGCACAUAACUUGUGACUGCUCUGCAGAAACGUCGUGACACUGACAAUUUUCAAGUUUUUGUUGCACCUAGUGCCUCUUGCUCAAACAGUGAGGCUUGAAUACUUAAUGAUAAUUAGUGGAAACUGCCAUAAGUUCACAUGAUAGAAAAAUCAUUUCAUCAGGGUUUUUUUCCCUUCAGUGAUUCUUCUCAUCAUUCCUAGGAGUGCUCAAGGCCAGGCUGGAUGGGACUUGGAGCAAACUGGUCGAGUGGUAGGUCAUUGAUUGGAACUGGAUGAUCUUUUAGGUCCCUUCCUGCCCAAACCAGGAUUGUGUGCUGAUUCUCAGUAUCUUUCCAAUUGUAGUGUAUUAAGUAUCUCUGGUUGUAUCCAAGCAAAGGGAAAUACAGGAGUUGCCACCAGUCUGCCUCUCCAGCAGGCAGUUCUCCAAGUUCUUACUCUGUUUACUUGUAGCAAUUGUCAAUUCCAGGCUCCCAGGAGGAGAUGCUGAACUUCGGCUGAAUGACCAGCUCAGGUGUUUUGGAGAUUUUUGUUUCGUAGACACCAGGAGUAAUCAUCUUGCAGUAUCUAAAGAAAAGGAUUGCUCCAGCAGUUUUUUCUUCCUGCCUCUGAGCAAUCCCUGGGAGCAGAGCAGAGGAGUGGAAGUGAGUAGGAUGAGUUAUGUGAGUGUUCAAACAGCUCUGCAACAGCUCCAAGUCCAGUCUCUCUGCUGAACCGCUUUUCUUAUCCACUUUUAAUAAGUCUUCUGCUUCUCCGACGAGAUUUAUAUAGAAUAGGAAGAGUACACUGCCCACUGCAUACAGCCAGGAUAUUUUAGGAAUUGGUUGGAAUAAUCUGUUGGUUGUAGCCAAGCACUCAUUGGCUACAAGAAAUACUCUGCUUCAGGAGAUAAAAACCACUUGUUUCUUUAAGGAUUUUGUACAUCCUUUUACUGUGUCUGAAAGCAAUGACCUAGACUGUAUCAAUCUGUGCCAUACCUCAGAGUGAAUUAAGACUGUUUUUACGAGAGAUUAAAAUGUUUAUGUGAAAACAAAAUCAACUGAAAUGAAGGGAACAAAAUCUUUUUAUUGGGUGGAGGGAUAAAGAGUAGAAUUUGUAAGGGAAUCUUUUAUUUUCAAAUUAAACACC